UAAAAAGAUCUCCUAGUCCUAUGCUUCUCACAACACCUGUCUUCUUCAAGCUUUACUCCAGUCUACAAAGAGGAUUCAAUACUUGAAGAAUCAAAAAAUGUGUGACCAGCAGAAACAGCCACAGUUCAUGCCAUCUUAUAUAAAAGGCUCAGCUUCAGGGCCCAUUCAAACUACCCAAGGCCCGGCUUCAUGCGAGGCACAGGUUUCUGGUGGGAGUGGACCAGAGGUAUCCCAGUCUAAAACUUCCUUCAUAAAAGGCUCUUCUUUCUUCCAGAAAGGCCAGUCUAAAAGUGUGAAAUGCCCACCUCCAUGCCAAACUACCUGUGUGAAGUGCCCACCUCCAUGCCAAACUACCUGUGUGAAAUGCCCACCUCCAUGCCAGACUACUUAUGUGAAAUGCCCACCUCCAUGCCAGACUACUUAUGUGAAAUGCCCAGCUCCGUGUCAGACUGUCUCUGUGAAAUGCCCAGCUCCAUGCCAAACUCAGACUAGCAUCAAAUGCCCAGCACCUUGCCAGACGCAGACUUGCUAUGUCCAGAGCGUUCCUUGCCAGCCACAGACUUACUAUAUGGCCCCAUCUGUCAGAUACUUGGCACCUCAGUACAUGGUGCCAUCUUCCUACUAUGCUUCUAGUUCCUGUGGCACCACUUGCUGCCCUAUUGCUCCAAUGAGCUUUGGGGUGAGACCUUUCAGGCGUUGGGUUCGUGGGCCCCAGAGUCGUGAAGGAUACAUGGGCUGUUGUGAGAGUUCGAGCUGUGGCACUUCUGGCUGUGGCACUUCUGGCUGCUGCAGCUCUGGCUGUUGUAGCUCUGACUGUUGCGAAGGUGGGUGCUGCUGCAUGGGAAUCCUGCCCAUGAGAGCUUGUGGCCCUCUCUGCUGUGCCCAUAAUAACUGUUGCUGUUAGAAGAGCUGAUAUUCAUCCCGCCUUCAUCACCAUCAUAUCCCUCUUCAAUACCAGCUUGCUCUUACUCCAGCUCUGUCAUACCUUACUCAGAGACCCUGAAAUCACAACGAUUGGGAAGAGCAAAAAGAUAAGAAACUCCUAACAUGUUCUCCAUGCUAUGCUUGCUACUUUUUAAAGGCUGCCUGCUAGAGUUAGAUCAAAAUAGCUAAAACUUGUGCAACAAUAAAACUGAGAAUAUAUAUAUCA